AUGGGUUUAUGUCGCUAUAGUGUCGUGUCCCGUCACUUUCUUCCAAAUAGUGUAUUACAUGGAUGUAAGAAAUUAAGAGAAUUUGAAGACUUGGUCGAUUAUCUCAUGAACUACUUGACCGAUUUAAGUGAAAUUUGGUUACUAGAUCUAGAAUUUUUUACUAAGAAGAAAGCUCAGUUUUUGAAAUCUGGAACAUUAGACAAACUUGGAUUUGGUAUUCCACAAAAGCCUCUGGUUGAGGCAUCUCUCAAAGUUGCAUAUCAUAUUGCUAAAAGCAAGAAACCGCAUACUAUUGGAGAGACGUUAAUUAAGCCAUGUGCGCUGGAGAUGGUUGAAUUAAUCAUCGAUGAAUUGAAAGUAUCGCCAUUUCCCUUUAGUAUGCAACUGGAUGAAACUACAGAUAUCUCGAAUUAUAGUCAACUUCUUGUUUUUGUUCGUUACGUGUCUCUUGAUACUAUCAAAGAAGAAUUCUUAUUUUGUGAGUCUCUUUUGCAAACUACAAAGGCAGUUGAUGUUUUAGCAAUGUUAAAUGUUUUCUUUACCAAACAAGACUUCGGCUGGAAAGAAAAACUUCAUUCACUUCGUACAGAUGGAGCACCUGUGAUGCUUGGCAAUAAAUCUGGUUUUGCCCUGUUGGUAAAAAAAAAGUCUCCUAAUGUUCUUGUUACUCAUUGUCUUUUACAUAAACAUGCGCUGGCUACAAAAACUCUUCCAACCAGCUUAAAAGAAGCAUUAUCAAAAGUUAUUAAAACUGUACAUUUUAUUAGACGUAGAGCUCUUAAUCAUCGUCUCUUUAAAUAG